AGGAAGCCGGAAGCAGCCGCGGCCCCAGCUCGGGAGACAUGGCGGGCGUUAAAGCUCUCGUGGCAUUGUCCUUCAGUGGGGCCAUUGGGCUGACUUUUCUUAUGCUGGGUUGUGCCUUAGAGGAUUAUGGAGUUUACUGGCCCUUGUUUGUCCUGAUAUUUCACGUCAUCUCUCCCAUCCCCCAUUUCAUUGCCAAAAGAGCAACUUAUGACUCCGACGCCACAAGUAGUGCCUGCCGGGAGCUGGCAUAUUUUUUUACUACUGGAAUUGUUGUCUCUGCCUUUGGAUUUCCUGUUAUUCUUGCCCGUGUGUCGGUGAUCAAAUGGGGAGCCUGUGGCCUUGUGCUGGCAGGCAAUGCAGUCAUUUUCCUUACAAUUCAAGGUUUUUUCCUUGUAUUUGGAAGAGGAGAUGAUUUUAGCUGGGAGCAGUGGUAGCACUUUAUUCUGAUAAAAUGCAUUUUAUUUCUUAGAAGUCAUACUAUAUGUAUUUGUUGCACAUAUGGCCUUUUACUAUGAAAUUUCAUGUGCUGAUUUUUUUUAUGCCUUUAUAUCAUGUUCACUGUAAGAAGAACUACAUGAGAAAAAGAUUCGUUUUAUUU